AGUCAAUUGGAAGCAUUGAAGAAGGAGCAAAGCUCUGCGGGAAGCGCACAAAGCGAACAACUAGCCAAAGCCCAAGCGACUAUCAAAACACUUGAAGCCGAGGUUGCCAAAUUGAAAGAGAGCAACACUUCCAGCAAUGACAAACAAGCUACAGCCUUGAAGGAAUCUCAAGCCAAAGUCAAAGAAUUAGAAUCUGAGCUGCGUCAAGCUGAGGAGGAUACAAAGGAACAAAAAGAAGCGAACAAAAGAACCCAAAUGGAACUGACCGAAAUGUUUGCCACCCUCCGUAACGAUAACGAGACAUUAAAAGCUAAAUUAGCAGAAGCUGAGAAGAACGCCAAAGAAGCCAAGCCCUCAGAAGAGCAUCAGAAGAAGAUUGAUGAGCUCGAAAAUCAAUUGAAAAACGCAAAGAGUAAUGGCGAUUCUUCUGCUGAAGUUGCAGCGAUCCAGAAAAAGAUGAAUCAGCUGGAAGAAUCACAUGCAACAGAUAUCUCAAAAUUGAUGAAAGAGCAUGACGAAGAACGUUUGAAGACUUCGGCUCGAAUUAAAGAGCUUGAAGUACUAGCCAGUCGUGUUAAGGAACUUGAACAAGAAUUGGCUGAUGCACAAUUUGCAUUGCAAGAGACUCAAAAGACAUUUGCGACGCAAUUGGCAGAAAUCGAAGAACGUGCAAAGAAUCAAGCUACACCAUCUGGCGUACCUGGAUCGGAAGGAGUUUUGGUGAGUUGAUUUAGGUAUGAGUUUGAAAGAACGAUAAACUAAUGUAGAGCAGUAAUGUUUUACAGAGUUCCCGAAGCGGCAAUCAGACAUUCAAUUCCGAAUUAGAGGAAAUGCAUUCUGCACAUA